CUCAAUGAAAACUACUCAAAUGGUUUCCUUGUUGUGUCUUUUCUUUUGCAAUCUGGUGACAUUUCAACCUUCCCUGUUAGUCAGUUCCUAGCUCAGUUGAUAGGAGAAUGAUGCGGGACAGGUAACCCCAGGAAAAAGGAAUAAGGACAGGAAAUUUAUUUUUUGAUCGCACUGGGGCAUAAAGUGACUUUGAAUCAAGCCAUGAAGUGGUUAAGACACAGUGGUGGACUUGAAGAUUGGAGUUGGAACUUGGAGACAAGCCAUGACAAUUAAGAACACACACACACACCUCAACCUGUAUUGUUAGGGUGCAAAGUUCAGUGCAGGACUCGGCAGAAGGAUUUGACAUUAACACUGAUAUUCUAAACCGGUAAUCAUACAGGCGAUGUGCGAUGAGAUUAACUUAAAAUGGCUUCCAUAGUAUCUCUCCCAGAGGGGAAUCUAUCCUGUUCUGUGUGCCGUGACAUCUUCAGGGACCCGGUCAUCCUGUCAUGUAGACACAGCUUCUGUAAAGUCUGCUUGUUGGAACUGUGGAAACAUAAAGAGGUGCUGGAAUGCCCUCUCUGUAGAAGAAGAUCAUCGCUGGAGCUUCCAUUUAAUCUGAAUCUGAAGAGGCAGUGUGAGGCUGUCUUACAGGAGAGGAGUCGGGAAGAUACGACUGAGGUGUCUGAGGUGCUCUGCAAUCUGCAUAAUGAGAAGCUUUUCUGUCUGGAGGAUCAACAGCUACUGUGUUUAAAGUGUAAGGCCUUAAAAAAAAACACCAACGACGGCCUUAGUCAGAUCGAUAAAGCUGCUAAGAAUUAUAAGGAGGAACUCCAGACUGCACUAAAACCCUUACAGGGAAACCUGAAGGCCUUUCACAAAGUUAUACAAUCCUGUCAUCAAGCAGCAGAAAAUAUUACGAGCAAGGCUCAGCACACAGAGAAGCAGAUUAAGAAGCAGUUUGAAAAGCUUCAUCAGUUUCUAAAAGAUGAAGAGGCAGAGAGUAUAGCUGCACUGCGGGAGGAAGAGGAGCAGAAGAAUAAGACGGCGAAGGAGAAGAUUGAAGAGAUGUGCAGAGAGAUGUCAUCACUGUCUGAAACAAUCAGAGCCAUAGAAGAGGACCUGAGAGCUGAAGACAACUCAUUCUUGCAGAACUACAAGGUCACAGUGAAAAGAACCCAGUACACAAUGCCGGACCUAGAGAGUGUUUCAGGUCCACUGAUCAAUGUGGCAAAGCACCUGGGCAACCUGCAGUUCAAAGUCUGGGAGAAGAUGCAGGAGAUUGUUCAAUAUAUUUGGACCCCAAUACUGCCCAUCCGCGUCUCCGCCUGUCUGAAGAUCUGACCAGUGUGAGAGACAGUGAUGCUAUACAGUGGCUUCCUGUCAACCCAGAGAGGUUUGAUCACCUUCAGUUUGUCCUGGCCUCUGAGGGCUUUAAC